ACGCUAAUCCUCCGGAGACUCUGAACUGCCUUGAUCUCGUGCCUGCAUGGGAAACUGGACUGCUUGUUCCCUUAUUAUUCUGCUAUUUUAUUAUAUUUUUUUGCUACAUUGAAGCCUCUUGGCUUUAAGAUCAUAGCAUAACCUUUUUGUUUAUAGCAAGAACGUGGAUAUUCCAGUGUGAUGGGCUCUGCAUUAGGAGUAAAACUGGUCUGCACAGGGUGUGGAGCUGCUCUGUAAGCCCGUCACUGAGAGGAGAGAGGUUGUGCUUGGACAGCCGAGGAGAGAUAGCAAAGAAAAGAACAUUUCAGAACCACAGAUCGCAGCAAGCUGAUUAGCUGCAGAUUCACGACUGUUUUAAUCUCACUGGGGACGCUCUUCUUGAAGGAUGGGGCUAUUACACAUCAGAUUGACCAAUCACUAUGACAACAGAAGCGGGCUCUGAGACAGAGGUGAAGGAGAAAGCAGAGGAGUCAGCUGCUCAGCCGGACCAAUCGGAGACGGCCAAGCAAGAGAGCCAGGAAGUCGUGAACAUUGAGGGAGAGAAGGAAAAGGGGAAGGAGAAGGAAAAAGAGGGUAAAGAAAGCAAAGGGAUAACUCGAUACUUGCCAACAUGGUUUAAGAAGCAGAAAUCUCAAAGCCAGACAUCUCCAACAAAGGAGGUCCCAGCAACAGAGGAAUCCGUCAGCAAGGGGGUAGAGGUAGAGGAGGAGCCUGCCCCGGAGGUGAACGGCCACGCCGAGGAAGUGGAAGAGAAAGAGGAAGUGAAGUCGGAGGAAGUCAAGGAAGCAACGCAGCCUGAAUCUGACUCCAACGCCAGUGCAGACACUGAGCCACCGGCAAAGGAAGAGAAGGUGGAAGACACCACUGCAAAAAGUCCGGAAAAGCCCAAAGAGACCGGAGACGGAGAAGAAGCAGAGGAGGAGAAGAAAAAGGAACCAGAAGAACACGUAGAGGCUGAAACAAACGGAGGAGAAAGCCAGACUUCGAUUUUCCAGUCUCCUCUUCGCCUUGUGAGGAAGAAUAAAAUGAAGGUGGUGGUGUGUCACGUUACCCUCCUGGAUGGAACUGACUUCACCUGUGAGGUGGAGCAGAAACGAGCUAAGGGGCAGUACUUGUUCUUCAAGGUGUGUGAGCACCUGAAUCUGUUGGAGAAGGACUACUUUGGCCUGACGUACAAGGACAAUCAUGAUGAGAAGUGUUGGUUGGACCCCACAAAGGAGAUUAAGAGACAAAUUCGUAGUAACAACUGGCAGUUUGCAUUCGGUGUCAAGUUUUACCCUCCUGACCCAUCACAGCUCACUGAGGACAUCACAAGGUACCUUUUGUGUCUGCAGCUGAGGGAGGAUGUUGCUUCUGGACGGCUGCCUUGCUCAUUCGUCACUCACGCUCUGCUGGGGUCAUACACAUUGCAGGCCGAAUUAGGCGACCAUGAACCCGACCAACCUCGCCCUUUGGACUUUAUCAGUCAGUUGACGUUUGCGCCCAAUCAGAACAAAGAGAUGGAGGAGAAGAUUCUUGAACUCCACAAAUCCCACAGGGGAAUGACACCAGCACAGGCGGACCUCCAGUUUCUAGAAAAUGCCAAGAAGCUCUCCAUGUAUGGAGUGGACCUGCACCAUGCCAAGGAUUCAGAAGGAGUGGACAUCAUGCUGGGUGUGUGCGCCAACGGACUCUUGGUGUACAAAGACAGGCUUCGGAUAAAUCGAUUCGCUUGGCCCAAAAUACUCAAGAUAUCGUACAAGAGGAACAACUUCUACAUCAAGAUCAGACCAGGAGAGACGGAGCAGUUUGAGAGCACCGUGGGAUUCAAGCUCCAGAAUCAUCGAUCUGCUAAAAAGCUGUGGAAGGUCUGCGUAGAAAACCAUAGCUUCUUCAGGUUAAACGCGCCGGAGCCUCCUACCAAGGCCCGCUUUCUGACGCUGGGAUCCAAGUUCCGCUACAGCGGGCGAACGCAGGCCCAGACCCGGCUGGCCAGUUCCCUCAUAGACCGACCCGCUCCCAGCUUCGAACGCACCUCCUCGAAACGCAUCAGCCGCAGUCUGGACGGAGCACCGGUGAUCAGCAUAACUGAGGCUGGAAGUGAGACAGCGGAGAACGGGCGGCAUCACCGUCUAGAGCUUCACUCCGACUCCAAGGCUGAGGAGGUGGACUUGAGCCCUGCCGAUGUGGAAGCCGUCCCCUCCGAGCAACAGUCACCUGGACGUGCUGAUCCUGCCCCCUCUCAGAGUCCAUUGAGAGUGCAUGGGGACAAUAUUUAUGUGAGGCACAGUAAUUUAAUGUUGGAGGACCUCGAUAAGACCCAAGACGAGGUUCUGAAACACCAGGCUAGCAUUAGCCAGCUCAAGCGUUCCUUUAUGGAGGCGCCACCUCCCUCUCCUCCCCAGCCCAACCAGUGGGAGAAACGUCUCACCUCCUCUCCUGCUACGAUACGCGUCCAGCAGCAACAAGUGAGCCUCGAAGACGAAAUAGCUUCAGUGCUUCUCAGCAGACGCACUACUGCUGAAUUUUACUCAGCAGGCACUCCGCCUCCCUGCAGUGUACCAGAGCCACCACUAGAUGCCGCUGUGACCACAUAUUCAUCUGCUGCCGCUCCCACGGCUGUCUGCAGUUCAUCUUUGUCUCAUCCUGUUUCUGCACUCACUGCCACUGAGGUCAGUGUGCCGCAAACCGAAGCAGCUUCAGCUGAUAACACAAGCUCUGAAACCAAAGAACCUGCAAAGACCACCGAAGUUGAAAUCGAGGAAACUGUUGUCAUCCAAGAAGUUUCCAGAGCGCCCAAACCCGGGGUCGUCACAUUUACGACUGAUCCUCCUGCCGCCUCACCCGCUGAGGGCGAACCUCAGGACCAGAAAGUGAAGGUCGAAGAGGAAGCGGCGGCGGUGGAGGAAGAAAGCCCCGCGAAGCCGGAGAAGGCGUCCUCUGAAAGCGAGAGUGAGGAGGAAGCAGAGUACCAUCCAAACGUUUCUGCAUCCGUCUCUCAAUCACAAAUACCAGAGGAGAAGGAAGAAGAAGAGCCGAUGGAAGAGGAGCAGAAGCAAGCGUCUGCUCCGGUUGUUCCAUCUCUUCCAGUGGAGGUCAACCAGCCUGCAGAAGAAAUAAAUCGUGAAGAAGAAUCUAAGAAGGAGGAGAUUCAGUUUGAGGAGAAGAAAGACAAUCAGGAGGAGAAAGAAAGCGGACGGGAGACGGAGGACAGCACAGAUGAUCCGAUGGUGACCCCCGAAGAGGCGCCAGAGGGCCUCAUGCUGCCCGAGGAGAGCGCAGAGGCCGGCCCCACCGAGGAGCCGGAGCAGCCUAAAAUGAACGGAGAAGCCUCGCUGGUGGAAGUGGAUCCCCGGCCGCAGGUUAUUUGUUGCUCUGAGCCGCCUGUGGUAAAAACAGAAAUGGUGACUAUAUCAGACACGUUUGCUGCCCAGAAAACUGAGAUAGCCACAAAAGAAGUGCCCAUCGUGCACACGGAAACCAAGACCAUCACAUACGAGGCCGCACAGUUGGACGGUAAUGGUGACGGUGAACCCGGAGUGUUGAUGACCGCUCAGACAAUCACCUCUGAGUCUUUGUGUACCACCACCACCACGCACAUUACCAAGACAUUAAAAGGCGGGCUCUCGGAGACGAGGAUUGAGAAGCGCAUCGUAAUCACCGGCGACUGCGACAUCGACCACGACCAGGCACUGGCACAGGCCAUUAAGGAGGCCAAAGAGCAACAUCCUGACAUGUCUGUUACCAGAGUGGUUGUUCAUAAAGAAACUGAACUGGCUGAGGAGGAGGAUUGACUGAACUCAGAACUGAAAGACCAGCAGUGACCCUUACCUCCUCUGACAACAUCUUCAUCACUUUACAACAACCAAGCUGCACUGCCAAAGGGAGAGAGGAAGAGGAGGAGCUGAAGAAUAGGAGGAAGAAGAGGUUCUAUCCGGGGAGGGGGGGAUUGAAGAUGUCACUCUCAACCCAGAUGGUCUUUCAGAUAUUUGUUUUGGUGCAUUUCAGUUUCUCGUUGCUAAAAGAGAAAAAAAAAAUAUCCUCACUCUCUCUGAGGGAACAAAAAGAACCACUUUGUUAGCUUAACGUUUGUAGCUUCUAUUCUUUUAUAUUAGAGCGUUUUCUUUACCUGGUUUAUAAAAAAACACAAAAAAAGAGAGAGAGAGGCUAUAGUGUGUGUUGCAAAUAUCGAAUUAGGCUUCUGCUGAUCUCCAACACGCCUGACAUUCAAGAAUAUUUCAUCUACGUCUCUAUUAUUACAUCAGCAAAAUUCUAAAAUAUCCCAAAAUUAUGUUAGCAUAAAAAAAAGCCAAUGGCUUCAGACUGAAAUAGCCUCAGUCCACAUCAUUUUGCUCUAAAUGAGGGUUUUUUAGAGAAUUCCUUUGAAAAUGAGUCAGUAAAUUACAGCUUCUAUUUUCCUUUAAAAAGAUGUAAAUUAAAAAAAAAGGAAAAUAUUUAACUCAUUAAUCCGGUUUGAAGAACAUAGAAAUCUUUUUACAUUUUUUUACCUGAUAAAACAACGCAAGCUAUUUCACAUUAAUGCUUUAUUAUUACUGUUAUUAAUUACACAAUGGCGGGAGCUGUAAUUUUGCAGUAAAUCAUCCAGGUUUUUGGAUCUUUUAUUAUUAUUUUUUUUAUGUUGUAAAUGUAGCUUAUUCAUCCACAUUCCUUGUGUUGUUACCAGCUGCUGAGUAAGGUCAUCUUCAGUUCAGCUCUCGUUCUAUUUCACCAACACAAGGUGACAUUUCACCACUCAUGUUUGGCGUGAAAUUACAUAAGCUUCAAAAGCAGAAUGUGAUGAAUUUCACAAAUCGACAGUCAGACGAAGUUGAACUGAAAGUCGGCGGAUUUCAACGCUGGUCGAUGCAUUUCUUGUGCGGAAAAGAAGACAGAAAAAUGAAGGUUAUUAAAAAAAAACAAGAUGAUAAUAAUAAGAGCAGCUUUUCAGUAGCUCAGCGCCUCGUCGGGCUCUUCUACUGUUCAACACUAAGCAUUCCUGCUGGGCCCCAGGGGAACAUGGGAGAUUAAACUGACAUUUUAGUGGGAGAGACGACUGGUAAACUGGACGACGAUUGGGAGAGAGCCAACCGAUACCUCGGGAGUGAAAACCAAUUGAAGCGGCGAUACAAGUUGGCCUUACUCUUGCGCCGGUUCCAGCGCGGAGAUGCUGUAUUUUCAGAGAAUAUCUCCGUGCAAAAUUUCUUUUCGUUUAAAUUAUUCAAAGCGAGCCGCGGAGCAGCGAAGGUACCAAAACGGAGACGACUUGAAACCAGUUCUGCCCCAGAUUCAGACUAAUGCAACUUUUACACGUUCGCUGUGACUACAAACCUGCUUGUUGUCGUAGUUCUUCACUGUUCACGCCCGGCUGCUUUUUAUAUCCGUUUCAUAUCCUGCUACACUUAACACUAAGAAAAAAAAAAAGCCUGUUAAAAGACGAUACGGGAUGGAGUCACGCAUGCGUCAUCCUUUCUUUUCUGUCAACUUCAGCCAGCUGAGAACAGGAUGCUGCUGUCUGUGACUGGCUUAGGUUUAGAUUAUCUCAACUGAAAUAAUCUUACUUCAUCUUGCUGCUGGUCUAGUCCAACCAAACGUUCUGCUCUAUUCAAGCGUGAUUUCAAGCGGUUCCCGUUGCACAAAAAAACACGAGAGGGGUAAAACAGUCGGUACAACAUCACAGCGCAGCUUAAAGAGGGAGGAAUUGGAGGGCCUGAAGUGCUCUUUAAACCCACAAUGAAUUCCUAUGUUGUCUUUUUUCAAAUUUUUGUAGAGUGACACCAAAUCACACCGUUUUUAAUUCUGAGAACCUUGAAGAAAAGGCUUUGUUGUUCAAGCGGACUCGGCUGAGAAAACAUGUUCCACUUCUCUUUAAUUGGACCUUUUGAAAAUUAUGUUGAAAGUAGUACAGCUUUUUCUACACAUCCAGUCUGAAAAGUGUAACAUGUCCAGUGGACUGCGAGUCUACAGGAAGGAAAAAAAACAAACAAACAAACAAAAAAACGUUCUGAACACAGGUCUUACUUCAACUAUGCAGCUAAAUAACAUUCCACAUGGGGAGGGAGCUUUGACUUCUAAUCCUCUUGCAAAACAGAAGGAAAAAAAUAAAACAUGAAAAAAAAUAAAACCACUUUCAUCAUCUCCAGGCAGCUUUGGAAGCGACCGCUGCUCCACAUAGGAAAAUCUCAUUAAAUGAACCUGUAAUGCCACAUCAGCUGAGUCUGUCGAGUCUCUCGUGGUUCGUCUUUUCUCCGUGAAACUGGUCUCGUAGUUGGGAGGGUGGGCUCUGUCGCUCCACCUUCCUGCUUAUUUGUAAUAUUGCCACUGUGUAUUUUGUUGGUGAAGAAAAACCACUACAGAUCAACUCGUUCUGCCACCUUUUCUCUGCUACUGGUUCAGGGCUCUUCUUCUCUUUGAAUCAACCGCAGGAGGUCCAGGGGGUUGGCGAGGUUGACUUUUCCAAAAUGUUUGUAGCUUUAAUGAAAGAAAAGAGAAAGAAAGAAAAAAAAGAUCAGAAUUUUAAUCUUUUAUUCAGAUUACAAAGCUGAUUAUCAUUACCAGCUGAUUUUAAAUCUGUCAGGGAUUUUAACUAAAAUGUCGUUGGAGCUUUAUUCCACACAAUAACAGCACAGUUUUGUAUCUCGUCUAAACCUAACACUUUUAUGAAGACGGACGUUUUGAAGAAAUUAACCAGCCACCUCUUUGCUUCCUGCUACCGACACAUCACUGGUAGGUUGUUUAGUCUAGCUGCAUAAUUGUGUUGUCUCCUCACACGCAGCCACUCCUCGCCCCUGUGUAACACUGUUCAAAUAAACAAUUGUUAUACUCUUGAAA